GCAGAAGCCCGAGCCCUGACCCACCGGCGGCUGCGGCGGCGCCGGUGAGUGACCCGUGGCCCGACUCGGUCCCCACCCUCCGCGACCUUCGCUCUCCCUGCCGUCCCCCGUAGCCUCCGCUGUCUCCUUGUCAUACGGGACCCCCGUUAUUUCCAGAGCUCCCCUUAAUUUCUGGCAAUCCCCAGAGCCCCCACAAUCCUCGCAGACCCUGAUCCCUAAUAUUUGAUCGUUCCAGCUCUUCCAGUGAUACAGGAGCUCCCACCUCACCAUUAUUCCUGGACAUCCCUCUAAGGGCCCUUCUCAUAUCGGUCUUACAGACGCCCCGUUGCCCCCUAGAGCCCCUAGAGCGCCUCCUCUGCUCCAGAUUCCCCCCUUCUUGCUGCAUCCCCCCUUCCGCAUCUCCUUAUCUUCAUGCAUCUAAGACCCCCCCGAGGCACCCCCAUCCUCCCUCCAUUUCCUAUCCUCCCGUGCCCCCAUUCUCUAACUCCUGCAGACACCUCCUCUCCUCGCACUUUUCCUCCUUUCCUUCCAUCCCUCCAGACCCUCCCCCAAUUUCUAUCAACUCUUCAGCGUGGCACUUCGCGCCGCGCGAAGUCCGAGCCGAGCGCUCAGCCGGUGUCAGCUAUUCUUAGGCGCUUCCGACUUACCCGGGUGCCCGUCGCCCCCCGCCUCCACUCCUGCCCCCGGGGACUAAGGAGCUCUCGGCCCGGCGGUCUGGGCGAGGCGGCGGCGGGGGGACCCCGAACCCCAGCCAGCCCCGUGCGCCCUUUGCCCGCAGCGCCGGCGCCCCCCAUGCGCCAGACGGCAGGACGGCGGCGUCGGGGGGCGCCAUGGCCUCGACGGCGGCGGGCGAAGCGGAGGAAACCACCCGGUUGCGCAAGCCGCGCUUCUCAUUCGAAGAGAACCAGAUCCUGAUCCGCGAGGUGCGCGCCCACUACCCGCAGCUCUACGGCGCGCAGAGCCGUCGGGUGAGCGUGGCAGAGCGGCGGCGCGUGUGGGACGGCAUCGCCGCCAAGAUUAACGGUAUCACCAGCUGGAAGCGCACGGGCCAGGAGGUGCAGAAGCGCUGGAACGACUUCAAGCGCCGCACCAAGGAGAAGCUCGCUCGCGUGCCGCACUCCACGCAGGGCGCCGGGCCCGCCGCGGAGGACGCCUUCUCCGCGGAAGAGGAGACCAUUUUUGCCAUCCUGGGGCCAGGUGUGGCGGCGCCGGGGGCAGGUGCUGGGGCGGAGGAGCCCCCUGCGGCCCCCUCUUCACAGCCGCCGCCCCCAGGCGCCUGCCCCCAGCGCUACGUGUUGUCGGAAGACCGCCGGGAGGACCGACGUGCAGGAUCCAGCAGUGUGGUGCAGUAUCCAUAUAGUUCAGAACCUCGUCAAAUGUUGGCCCUUGUCCGGGCGCAGUGGCUCACACCUGUAAUCCCAGAACUUUGGGAGGCCGAGAUACAUCAGCCCACAGCAAGGGGGGCUCCAGCAGCCCGGAGCCAUGGGCCCGGCCCUCCUGCACUCCCCAGGAAGGGGGCUGCCCACGGCCCAAGGAGCGUGAGUCACCACCCCCUUCGGCCCUGCAGCCGGUCCAGCUGCCUCGCCUGGCCUUGUCUCCACCACCCCCAGCCCCUCCACUGCCACCCCCACCGCCACUGGCCCAAGUGGCACCCUCACCCCCUAGCCCCCCACCCCCUCCUCGGCCUCCACCCAUGCUCUCGGCCUCAGACCCCUCCCUGGACUUCCUGCGGGCCCAGCAGGAGACUGCCAACGCCAUCCGGGAGCUGGCCGGCACCCUUCGACAGGGACUGGCCAAACUGAGCGAGGCCCUCAGCGCUCUGCUGCCCCUUCUGCCAGGAACCCCAGUUGACUCCCUGCCUCCACCUCUGCCCCCACCCCCACCCCCACCGCCACCUCCCAGGCCUGUCCUGCCCCCACCAGCCCCCAAGGUGGAGAUCACCCCAGAGCCCGUGUCCGUGGUGGCUGCUGUGGUGGACGGGGCAGUGGUGGCAGCCAGGGGAGUGAUCAUUGCCCCAAGGAGCGAGGAGGGGGCACCCCGGCCCCCCCCAGCCCCGCUCCCUCCGCACGACUCCCCCCCACACAAGCGGAGAAAAGGUUUCCCUACACGGAAAAGGCGCGGCCGAUGGAAAUCUCCGUGAAAUCUACUAUCUAUGAUCCUGCCUGCAACCCCUCUCCCCAGCUUGGCGCAGUCGAGGGGGGCGAUGCUCUCUGCCCAUCCCAGCUGCACCCUAGCUCCCUGCUCCAGGGAUGUGAGCACCCACUCCCUGUGCUAGUUAGUGCCUGAUUCUCUGGGGGGGGGCCUCAGUAAUGGGCCCCCCCAACCCCUUUCUCUGGUACAGUGCUGUCUGCCUGGCUGCCUCCCUUAACCCUGACUUCUAAGCCAUCAAUUUCAUGUUAUUUAUUAUUGCCCUAUGUGGGGUGGGGAGGGAACCUCUCGGGUCUGCACAUCUCCCCUUCCCUAACAGUUCCUGUUCUUGACUUGAAGAGAAUUGACCCGUGGGGGACUCACCACCUCCCCAACCCAGACUUUGGAGCGGGUGGGAGUUGUAAGACAAAUCAAAAUACGGAUGACAAAGAGGAUAUAGCCGUGUAUACCCCAGGGAGAGGAGGCGCCGAGUUCUGAUGGGAGAGGUACAGGUUGGGUUCUCUGCCUACCAUUGCUGUCUCUGACUUCCAGAGCUCAACCCCCUCCUUUCUCCCAGUGGUGACAAGAUAUCAAUAAACUUAUUUUUAAUACAA